AUGGCGUCUGCUGGAAACCCUAACCAGCCUGCUCCCUUCGAUGUGCACAAGCUAUUCAAGCCCCCGCCGAAUUCCAGUUCUGCUCCUAUCAACCCUGGUAACCCUCCGAGCAACCCUCCUUUCCCCCCUCCCAUCUCUUACCCGCCGGGCGCUCCCUCCUACCCUGUUCCUCCUCCCGGCCCCUUCUCUUACCCUCCUCAGACUGCUCCAUUCCAUCAGCACCACCCUCAUCCCUUCCUCCACUACCCCCAAGACCCACUCGCCAACGUGUACCAGCAGCAAGCUCGCCCCGCCAUUCCUUACGGCUCCCCUGUUCCUAACCCUAGCCAUCCGCCCCCCAACUCAGGAGCCCGCCUCAUGGCGCUUCUUGGUACCUCCGCCCCUGGCACGAUCGAGACUGCCGUCUCUAUGCCACCUCCUUCUUCCCUGCCUUCGGCGUCAUCAGGGGAAUUUUCUGUACUACCGGUUAAUAGCCCUGUGCUCUCGACUGUUCCGUCAGCUCCUCCGAUGAUAUCGGCCGGGGUGCCACAAACGACCCAGGCAAGGUUGCCGAGUGGCAAGCAACCCCACGGGCGGCACAUCAACGGGGGAGAUCGUUUUGUAUACGAUGUGGAUGUUAGGGAAUCACCGCCGCCUCCGCAGCUUGAGGUCACACCGAUUACGAAGUAUUCAUCAGAUCCAGGACUCGUCCUUGGCCGUCAGAUUGCAGUCAACAGGUCGUAUAUAUGUUAUGGGCUCAGGCAGGGGAACAUACGUGUGCUUAACAUUAACACUGCAUUGAGGUCAUUGCUUCGCGGGCACACUCAGGUGGGACUUCCGAUUAUAUUUUUAUCAAUGAAUGCAAAUGCAGCGAUGUGCAUGUGUGCUAUAUUUUUCUCCUUUCUUCGGUAGCUUAUGUCCUUUAUCUCUCUGAUGUGCACUAGUUGCUCGCUACCCUGAUGUACGUUAAAUUGUUGUGGGAAAACUGCCUCUGUCCUUAUUGUUUCAUGUGGCGGAACUGUCACUCUUGCUGGGAACUCUCUUGCAGGGAGGGCCAUAAAAUUUCCAUCAUGAGGCCUUUUUGUGAUUUCAUUUGGAGAAAUUGUGAAAUAUUACUCCGGUGUUACACGCAUCAUCAACGAUGCUCCUGCAAACGUAAAUUUCUAAUUUCCUGACUAACGGAUGGUAGCGUGGCACUGUGGAGAAACUCAAGGAAGCUUCUCUCUCCCCUUCCUUUUUCUUCCGUUUCCCUUGAUGGGUGGUUAUGUUCACUUAUCAUAUGGGACCAUUUACCCACCAUUGAAGGAGGAAGAUAUGACUUUUGUGCCAGCUGCUGCUGCAAUGGGCAGGAAGAAGAGGGGAGACGAUUAAUGCGCCCCUACUUAUCCUCUGCUGCAAUCUACCCCCUCCCUCAACCCCCUAAAAACAAAUUUUGGAUCCAUUUCUAUUGCUUAAAUAUUAUGUUAUGGUCUUUUUCUCCUUUUUUGUGGUCUCCUUAACAGCUUGAUGUUUGAAUUUCGUUUCUAAUACAUUUGCCUUAUAUCAGCAGAUGUUUCUCUUCAUUUUCUUUUUUUCGAUAUAACAUAGUUGUAAGGUCAAUUUUUUCAUCAAGCUUUUGAAAUGGGUUUUUUUUUUUAACAGAGGGUGACGGAUAUGGCUUUCUUUGCCGAAGAUGUCCACUUACUGGCUAGGUACCCCUGCCCAUUUAAUUCCCAUUGAGUUUCUCAUUUGUAGGCCUGACAAUCGAUCUGUUUUCUCCUUCUGAACAGUGCGAGUGUUGAUGGAAGGGUUUUUGUGUGGAAGAUUAAUGAGGGUCCUGAUAAGGAUGACAAACCACAGAUCACAGGGAAAAUCAUUGUUGCAAUUCAAAUAGUCUCAGAUGGCGAAUCAUUUCAUCCUCAAGUGUGCUGGCACUGUCACAAACAGGUAAUUGUGAAACUGUUGUCUGGCUCUAGCUGAGAGCACUAAAUUAUAAUAUUUGCUCUUUGGGCUCCAUUUUUGCGACAUUAUGUUUGUUGAAUGGUUUCGUAUUGCAAAUGCCAUUGAUUCAAUAAAAUCAGUUAUAGCUUCUUAAAUGAGCUGUGAAAAUUGUCUAAUUAAUGAGUAAAUUUUCUCUUUUGCAGGAAAUCCUUGUUGUUGGAAUUGGAAAUCGUUUGUUGAAGAUUGAUAUGACUAAAGUGGGAAAGGGUGAAGUAUUUUCUGAGGAGGAUGAACCUCUCCAAUGCCAUGUUGAUAAGCUGAUUGAUGGAGUCCAACUUAUUGGUAAGCAUGAUCAGGAGGUGACAGAUUUGUCUAUGUCUCAGUGGAUGAUGACCCGUUUGGCGUCAGCAUCAAAAGAUGGCACGGUAUGUUGUUGCAUAAUUCUCCUUCUGAUGUUUUGGCUUUAGUUGACAUUAUAUUUCGAGCAAAAAAUUUAUGUAUAAAUGAUUGAUUGGUGUCCAAACUGAUGCGAACGAUUUACACCAGAUACAUAGGGAAAGUAAUGCGACUAUGCUUUUGCAUUGCGUAUUGUAUCCUUUAGGUUAAUUAAGUCCUCUAAAAUUAACCCUAUGCUGAUUUUUACAGUGGAAAAUUGAAACCUUUUAAAGGUGCCCACUCACUUUCAUUACAAUUUCAACCGUCAUUGAGUUUUUGUUGAUUAAAUUUUAGUCAGCUGAUGAUUUCAAAUCUCUAUGAUUUGUGAAAAAGUUCUAGCACUCUUUCAUCCUGCCAUAAAUUUCUGUCAUUUACUAUCAAAAUGUGGGGUAUCCUGUUAUGAAAUUUUCUUUAUGGUGGACCUUUUCUGGCUUGAUUUGAUGAUUGAUCAUGAAACAUUUCUAUCCAUGCUCUUUAGCAUCUUGUCAUCAUAGAUUGGCUUGCUUCUUUCGUCUAAUAUUCACCUAAAAUACUGUGGAACCUUUUGACAGUAGAUUAUUUGGACGAGAGCGUGCAUUUUAGCAUGUAGGCAGAAAGAGAAGGAGAAUGUGUUAACAGGAUUCCUUGUUUUAGGGAUAGAAGUUGAGAAACGAUUUACCACGUGCUUUAAUGAGAGGGUUUACUUUUCUCUGCUUAUGUCUUUGUUACAAUUAUUCACUUUGAUUCAUAGAUAGUUCUUUGUAUCUCGAUAAACGGGGAUAGUGACUGGAUUUACUCUUGUCUGGUUAUGCUGUGUUUAAUCAGUUCGGAUUAAUUGAAAUUUUGGAUAUUUAUAAACUGGGAUAUUUCCUUUUUUUAUGGAGUGAUUACCUUUUUUGGACUUAUGGAUGCUAUUAGAUCUCAGCACCGCACAGUUGCAGUAUUAUUGGCAAUUGAUUUAUUCUUCUCUGAAUUCGAUUAUUUUUUUUCCGGUGAUAGCAACACUGGCAAUGCUGAUGGCCAUUUCGUAGGCGAUCCCAUUAAUAGGCAUUACUAUCUAGUGGAUUUUGUGCCGAUUUAUUGGGUUUCUACUUGAACUUUUAUCAAUGUAGACCUCGAUUUUCUCAAUUUAAUUUCCUCAAAUUUAACGUCUGUAACUGCAAAUGAUGUAUUUAUAGCUGCUAGGGCCCUGACUUAUGGGAAUAGGUUUGUGAUUUAUUUAGUUUCUCGCUGGUUAUUCUCAUCAACUAUCUUCUUCCAUAUUGAGAAAUAUUGUCUAGUUAUCUGGUCAUAUUCUAAAUGUUGUUUUUCAUCCUAAUCGUAUCCCCAAGGUAUUGUUGUUAAUUCUCUAUAACCAGUGGCAAAGGACUUCCUUCUGUUCCUCUAUAUUUGACAUUCUUAAAAAUAAAUUCUUAAAUCCAAGCCCACUGCAUGUUUCGCUUUGGCACCUAUCCUGUUUUUUUCCUGCUGUUAACUUAUUGGACUAUUCUCUUCCUUUUCUGCAGAUAUCAUCCAUUCAUUGCUUUAAAUUAUUUUUCCCUAGAAUUUUAUUCUAAAAGACUGUCACACAACAUUGGAACAUAAAUCUUUUUUAUUCAUCUUCAUAUACAGUGAUCAGCUUUUUGCCAUCCCCUGCUCUGGAGAUAAGGAAUGAAUAAUAGGAAAACCCUUUACUAUCAUGUUAAUCUCCCCUAUUCACUUUUCAUCAAUUCAAUUAAGAUUUCCGUUGAGGGCCCUUGCAACAAAUGAAUUUGGGAUUAUUGUCGCUGUCGCUUUAAUGUCUAUCAAUCCGGGCUUAUAUUAUUUUUACUGCAUUUGUUUUACGAUGUAUCUUUUAUGAGGCUAAUUCCAUGAUUAACAAAAUUACCUCAAAGUUUCAUGAAGUUCAAUGACAUGUACUCUUUCUUAUUCCUUUGAGAAUAAAUGGUUUACAGACUCCAGGAUAGUGUAUGGUUCCAUUGGACAGUAGAAUCAGUGUGGAAAUCCAUUGUGCUUGGCAUCAUUUUUCUGCCUUUUCAAUUUAAUAAAAUUAUUAUAAUAGGGGACUUGCUGAAGCUGCAUUGAAAAUAUGUGGUCCUUUUUCACUGGUUUGUUCUUCAUCACAAGGAAAUUUGAAAAUGUUUUGAGUAUGAUUGAAUGCACCCAUUGGAACCGAUCAGAGAAGUUAACGUUCUGCAUAUAGCUAUUCUAUAAUAUGCAUUUUUUUCUUUUUGGACCGCAAUAGAUUUAACUAUUCAUCAGAUUAUGAAAAAUCUAGUCAUGCGCCCGUGCUUUUCUCUGGCAAUGAUACCUUGCGUUUUUUAUUGGAAAUCCAUUCACUCUGUUAUCUGAUUUUCAAUGUGACGUUGAUUUGGAUAGCCAUGUGUGUAUUCCUUGGCUUGAACGAGGUAGUCAAUGGAUGUUAUCUUACCCACUCUGAAUCGAUUUUCUUUAGUCGGAUGUCAUAUGCUUUGGAAAAGGAUUUUUUUUCUUAAUGCAACCAUUGUUAAAUUGUUUGCCUAAAGAGGAUGAUUUCUUUGCAAAAGAAUCAGCUUCUAUGUUAAUGGUAGUAAAGCUGAUUUGUAUGAUUGUUUCUGCUUUGUAUCAUCCUUCAUGUUUGAUCUUUUCUGCUGUACUUAGUUUAUUCUCCAUAAAUGCUGGUUCCAUCAAGUCAAAUAUAAUUCAAUUCAUGUUGUGACAGCUCCAUUCCUGUGCCAGGUAAAAAUAUGGGAUGACCGCAAAGCAACACCACUUGUGACAUUACGGCCACAUGACGGUCAGCCUGUCAACUGUGUAUCAUUUUUGACAGCACCCUAUCGUCCAGACCACAUUUUACUCAUCACAGCGGUAUGAGUUUUCAUUUGCUACUGCAUUUAAUAUUCUAUGUAUGUUCCCUCAGCCUAUGUUCACUUUGUAUAUUUUAAGAUUUUGAUGUUCAUUUUUGCUCUCUUUUUGUUUGCUAAUAAUUUUUUUCUUGUAGCUUUUCUGAACAGGUUGCUACUAAUUUAUUUACCUUUGAUAUUAGAUCAACAGUUAAUUGUUUCAGGAAAUAUUGUGUAAUUUUAAAAAAAAACUAGAAUUGAAUUAUUAGUAUAGUACCGUUGGUUUCUGAUUACGGUGUAAUCUGAAAAAGAGAGCUUUUUUCUCUUUAGCCUUGAAAAUCUUGAAUUUCAAAACCUUUCAUAUUUUCUUGGUUCCCUAUAUGAUAUUUAGUAACAAUCUGUAUUUAAUUUUGUCUUAUUUAGGGUCCUCUGAAUCGAGAAGUUAAGAUCUGGGCUUCUGCUAACCAAGAAGGCUGGCUGUUGCCCAGUGACUGUGAGUCAUGGCUGUGCAUGCAGACCUUGGAGCUGAGAAGUUGUACAGAAACCCGUGUUGAAGAUGCUUUUUUCAAUCAAGUUGUUGUUCUGCCGCAAGCAAGCCUGAUAUUACUUGCAAAUGCUAAGAAGAAUGUUAUAUAUGCUCUGCAUAUAGACUAUGGUUCAAAUCCUCUAUCAACACGAAUGGAUUAUAUAGCAGAAUUCAGUGUCAAAAUGCCUAUUUUGAGUAUUACUGCAACAAGUGAUUGUUAUGCUGAUGGCAAACAUGUCAUCCAAGUUUAUUGUGUUCAGACACAGGCUAUUCAGCAAUAUGCAUUGGACUUAUCUCAGUGUUUGCCGCCACCCCUGGAGAAUGUGGGGUUGGAAAAGGAGCUGUCUAUUUCUCGUAUUUCUGAUGCAGCCACCUCAGAUAGUUUUGCUUCUGCAACUGUUGGGAUUACUGCGAAUGAGGAUCCUUCUGGAAAUAGCACACAGAAUUUCUCUAUUCCUCUAAACACCUCCGAGACUUCACCUGCAGUUAAAUAUUCUUUGACUUCCGAUUCUCCAGAUAAUUCUAGUCUGCUUGAAAUUACUGCAUUGAAAACGGAAAACAGGCCUAGUGCUCCACCAAUCUCAGAUAUGGAUGCUGAUAUUAGUCCACGAAUAGACUCUGAACGUGGGUCCUCACUUGAUAAUGUUAUUGACCAGUCAGUUGCUCGUCAAUCAAUUGAAAGGGGUUUAGAAGUUGGAGCUCUAAAUUUACCUGAUGCUCCUCUGGACGAUAGCUCUGUGAAGAGAGAAAGUAAACCUGGGCCAAGUGAUAUUACCGUGGUGCCAAAUCUUCCUUCAUUUCCAAUGGGCACGAAGGUGACACACUUGGUCACUCCAUCUGAAAUAUUAUCUAAGGCUGUUUCUUCUACUGAGAGUAAUGUCAUUCCUGAGUUGAAUGGAACACAGACAAGAAUUCCAGAAGUGAGUUCUAACCUUGUUACAGAAACUGCAGAGGUGGAGGUUAAAGUUAUUGGUGAGAGUGGAUCAAGCGUUUACAGAGAACCGGACUCUCAGAGAGAACCACAAAUUCAAAUUCUAGAAGAUCAAUCAAAAUCCUUGUCUUCUCAGUUUACGGAAUCUAAUUCUGAAAUUGUGAGAGAUGGUAUCUUUAAUGUUGCUGAAGUCGUGCGUAUUGAGGAUAAUGCUUUUUCUGAGGGAUUGGAACAGCCUUGCCCUGUUAAGGAUGAAGUGAAAGACACAGUGAAGGAUGAGUCUGAAAAUGAUUCUCAAUCUGUUGCUGCAACACUGGUUGCCGAAUCUGCUUCAGCUGCAGUGGCUGCACAGUCUCCCUCCGUGGCUAGAGGGAAAAAACAGAAAGCAAAGCAGCCUCAAACGUCUGGACCAUCAUCCCCAUCACAGCCUCCCUUUGACUCCAGUGAUUCUUUUAAUGAACAGGGGAGCAAUUUUAGCACUGCUGACGCUGGUUUUCCACAAGCACUGUCUAACAUUCAGGCAAUGCUGAGCCAGGUGAUCUAUUUCGCUAUAUUAAUUUCCCUUUUAGUUUAAUAAUUUCCCAACUGUUUUUGCUGUCAAUGUUCUCUUCGUUUUGGAGAAAUAUUACAGCUUAUGAUUGGUUGUGUAAUAUUUCCUCGAAAAGAUUGUCUGGCAUGAUAGAAAAGCUUGAUUAUUGGUCCAUCUACUGUCAUGAUGUUGUCACAGAAGAGCAGAACUAAGGUUACUUGAACUGGCUCUUAAACCAUUCCACUGGCCUUUGUUGUGAGCCAUAUGGUCUUCAAUUGGAAGCAUGAUUCCACUAAGAAUAGAUUUCCUGUAUCAGUUUUCUUGCUUGGAUUAUAUAUGCAUUCGCUUUCCAGUACAUGCUUGUCUGUGUUUCUUUCAGUCAUCCUUUGAUUAGUCUUGUUUACGAUGCAUUAUUAUAAUGGCAACUUUAGAAAUUAAACGUGUUAUUGUUUGGAUUCCAGAUUACUAUAUUGAUCUAGUUUGAGCUAUGUUUGUCUAGUUGAGGCUUACAGUGAUUUAUUGACCUAUGAUUUAGAGGCACAAUCGCCUUCCUCAUGAAAUAUCUGAUGGUCAGUAAUCCCAUUGGUAGCUUGCUGUUUAUGUUGUUCAGACAAAUUUUUGUUUUCUGGCCCUGCAGGUUAUGGCGACCCAAAAGGACAUGCAGAACCAGAUGAAUGCGGUAAUAUCGCUUCCUGUUACCAAAGAAGGUAAAAGAGUGGAGGUGGCCUUGGGUCGGUGCAUAGAGAAAGCUAUUAAAGCCAAUAAUGAUGUUUUAUGGGCGCGCUUUCAAGAGGAGAUUGCCAAACGUGAAAAGUUGGAAAAAGACCGUAUGCAACAAAUGACUAGUUCGAUUUCAAACAGUUUGAACAAGGAUUUACCUGCCAUUAUAGAAAAAAUUGUAAAGAAGGAAAACUCCUCUGUUGGACCUAAUCUGGCUCGCUCUAUUAGCCCAGCUCUGGAGAAAGCCAUUACUGCAGCAAUAGCUGAUUCAUUCCAGGUUUGAUCCAAUUAUUUUUGGGCAAAACUGUGCGUAUUUUUUUGUCUCGGAUCAUAAUAGCCACCAUCUGGUAUGCAGAAAGGUGUUGGGGACAAGGCCGUGAAUCAGUUGGAGAAAUCUGUUAAUUCGAAGCUAGAAGUUGCAGUUGCUAGACAAGUUCAAGGGCAGUUCCAAACAUCUGUCAAGCAAUAUCUUCAGGUACGAUUGUAUUCAAGAACAUUGCUACUUCUAGAGAGUACAUUUAUUUGAUGUAUUGUCGCAUAAGUUUAUUUCGUCUCAUCCCCAGUCUUUUCCCGAAGGAUAGCACUUGUUCCCACUAUGGUACAAUUUUAUUAAGAUUCUUGUUUGCUGUUACUUUUACGCAGGAUGGGAUGAGAUGCUGCCUGGAAGCCUCAAUAAUUCCGUCGUUUGAGUUGGCAUGCAAAGCAAUGUUCGAGCAAAUAGAUGCUGGAUUUCAUAAAGGAAUGGUUGAGCAUACUACGACUGUUCAGCAGCAAUUGGAAGCUGCACAUACUCCACUAGCUCUUUCUCUGCGGGUACCCACAUCUUGGCCUUUAAAUUUUGUCAAGCAUAUAGAUGAAAAAACGGCCAAGAUGGCUGUAAUGGUUAUACUGAGAUUAUGGUGUGUUGAUUACUUAUGCUUAAAUAGAUCUAUGAAAGAAAAGCAUGGAUCCAACAAGAUGGCCUUGUCAUCGUUUUCCUAAAUUUCCUCGUGGGAUCUCCUACAUUUUUCAUCCAAACUUGUAAACCCCUAUUAAUGGUUUUAGCUCAAUUCCCUGAGAUGAUUUAGUUUCAAUCCGGACGGUUUUUUUGCGUGCGGUCGGCGUGUAAUAUAUACUUUUCUGUUAUCUGAACUUCCUUGUAAACUCUCACCAUUUUAUUUAUUGAUUUAUUCUCAUUGGAUAUGCCUUUGUGUUUGACUGUAACGGUCCUUGUGUAGCAAAUCUUCACCUCAUCUUGUGGUUGGACAAGAUGCACGAGAUGAUCACCUUAUGGCUUUUUGAUUCUCAGGACGCGGUCAAUUCUGCACUAGCUGUCACUCAAGCCCUGAGUAAUGAAAUCGCCGACGGCCAGCGCAAGUUACUAUCCCUUGCUGCGGCAGGAAACCCAAAAUCAUUAGAUUCCAUGGCCGCACAACAAGCCAAUGGCCCCUUGGGAGGUCUCCAUGAGAUGGUACUAUUUACGAGCUGCUUCUUUCUCAAAGUUUCUUGCCUUCCCCCCUUUAUCAUUCUCAGUAUUCCCCGAGAGAUCCCUCUGGUAUUUCCCCCUUUCAGAAUCAACCUUCAUCCAUGAGUUGCUUCCGUGUAACAGGCCGAGGCCACUGUUGAUCCAACAAAAGAGCUGACCAGAUUGAUCACCGAGCGCAAAUUCGACGAAGCAUUCACGAUGGCCCUGCAGAGAAGCGACGUCACUAUCGUCUCUUGGCUAUGUUCUCAGGUUCGUCUUUCUGAAACUCAUAUUUCUCAGAGUUGGUACACUCAAUCCAGGGUUUUUUUUAACCGGCAGACAAAUUUAACACGCAGACCGGUCUGUCUCAUCAUGUGGGUCUCUCUCUCUCACUCUCUGUCCUUCAGGUUGAUCUUCAGGGGAUAUGUUCAAUGAGCCCUCUUCCGCUUAGUCAAGGCGUGCUCUUGUCCCUCCUUCAGCAGCUGGCCUGCGACUUGGCCAAGGACACGACCCAGAAGCUGGCGUGGAUGACCCAGGUUGCAGUCGCCAUCAACCCCAGCGAUCCGAUGAUCGCCCUCCACGUGAGGCCCAUCUUUGACCAGGUUUAUCAGAUUCUAGCCCACCAGAGGUCGCUGCCCACGACCACCCCCGCCGACUCGAACAGCAUACGUCUGAUGCUCCACGUCAUCAACUCGGUGCUGACCGGCUUCAAGUGA